CAAAAAGACAGAGCGAUAUACAAACGACAUCCUCAGUCGCCCGGGGAUGGUCUUCGCAGUCGAUGUCAAAGAUCCAAAGGAGAGGGUGCAGGCAUACCUAGAUUCAUAUAAAAACGAUCCCCAGACGGAAACCUUCGAUGCAGCCCUAAUGAAACAUCACUUAAAACUCCUCUCCGCCACAGCAACGCCCAAAGUAACCGCAACAUUCCGAAUGAAAGUAACCCGGGACUUCUGCAGCACAAUGGGCAACAUGCACGGCGGCGCCAUUGCCCUGGUUCUGGACAUGUGCACGACAACAUGCAUGGCGCCUGUCUCGACGCCGGACUUUUGGCUGUUCGGGGGUGUUUCCAGGACGCUGAAUACGACUUUCCUGCGUGCGAUAAGGCAGGGGACUGAGAUUGAGGUUUUCUGUGAGGUUUUGCAUGUCGGUGCUAGACUAGGUAAGAUAGUUUCUUCUUGUUUUGUUUCAGCUACCGACGGAUUAUGAGCUGCGAUUCGAGGCGAGAUCAGGGAUUGUGCGGAUGGGAGGUUGUUUGUUGUUGGGGAGCAUAAUAAGGCGAGUAUAUCGUUUGAGAAGAAACUGUGAUAUUAAAGAAUCAAAGAAGCCAAAAGGUGUACGUAAACGAAUAUAAGCCAAUACAGCC